CACACACACACACACAGAUGAUGGAGGCUGGAAACCGGAAUAUAUGAACCACUUGGAGCCGGAGGUGUAAUUAGAAGUGGCAUAAAAAAAAAAAAAGGAGAAGAAGAAAAGGGAAGCUGGCGCUGUCACCGCGCUGCUGCUGCUGCUGCUUCUGGAGUUGGCGCACCAGACUUUCAGGACCGGGGUGCACCGGUGUGGAUGUGUUCGGCUCUCCUGUGCAACUUUUUCUUCCUUCACAUUUUCAAACAUGCUGCAAGUCUGCAAGUCAACUCUGAUUGUCUGCAAGUGUCGGACUUUGGCUGCGCAUCACAUCGGCCAACUUCAGGAGUCUGGUGAUGCGCAAAACACAGACAACCCGAACAACUGAAGACAGGAGGAUUCAACACAAUUUUUUUUCUUUUCUUUUUUUUAUUUUUAUUUUGGAUAAAUUGAAAUCCAUCCUCUGCGAAAAUAAUAGUGAAAAGUGCACCUCGUGGUUUUGGACAUGUCAAGAUGCAGAAAAGAGUGAUGCMAAGCUGGGUUCAAGUUCCCUCCUGUCUGUUUUUGAAUCUUAAAAUCAAUCYGAUUAGAAACUUGUGAAAUUGUUUCCAAACCCAACUUUUAUAAUUCCUGGGUGAAGCAUGACAUUCAUCCCAGAAAAUGUGCAUUUUUAUUUUUUAUUAUUGAUGCUGGWUAUGGGCAUUUCUUCCUCACACUAAGAAAUUUGAUCUUGCAUAUCAAUUUUGAGGGGAUAUUCUUUAUUUUCCCCCCCUGACUGUUUAAAGGAAACAUGUUGCACAUCCUGGUACUUCRGUUGAUGGCAGUACUUUGGGGAGUAGCCGACUGUCGAGUCUUGGAGAGUUUGCAGAGAUAUUCCUCCAUCCCCACGUACCUGCCUGUUAACUAUCAGCUGCUAAACACUGACUUAGCAUUUUUCCUGAAGGAGGCCAACCAGGACUUCAUGAGGAACUCUAGCUUAAUGACACGGACAGAGCCAUUCUUCAUCUACCAGGCCAGAAGUUUGCCUGCGGUGAACGCUAGCUAUGGGCCUCUCUCAGUGGAGCAGCCUGUCCCUUUAGAACUSCUGCAGAGUCCCGGGACGUUUCCUCCCUCUUCAGUUUUUACCUUUAACUGGAAGGUGCAAACUUUUAUCAUGAAUACCCAGAUUCAUUUGGCAAAGCCCAGAGUCCAGGUGCUGUUUUAUGUUGCAGGCAGGGACUGGGACGACUACAGCACUAUUGACAAACUGCCUUGUGUGCACAUGUUUGCUUUCCAUGAGACCCAGGAGGUACGCGGCACCUGCCAGCUAAGGGGGGAGCUGGGACUGUGUGUGGCUGAGCUGGAGCCCCUGGCCAGUUGGUUCAGCCCACCCAGCAUAGUGCCAGGACGCCAGAGGAACGUGGAAGUGUCCGAGGGAACCCCAGUGGAGCUCUACUAUAUGCUGCAGACCACAGAAGCAGGUGAUUGCCACUCAGAGGACAGAAAGGACAGCUUUACUCGCUCACAUCAGGAGGGGAUGUUCGGUUCCCGUACUUCCACACCGCUGAAGAGGAUUGGGGGUGUGAGGCUUUUCCAAAAYCCCACUGAGCCCCCUCUCACUGAACACAGGCUGGAUAAUAACUUUAUGGUCAUGGUACCAGCCACUCCUAUGAGACAGAGAGAAACUGUGUCUGCUUUUAUCACCGUCUCCUCCCACUCCACUGUAGAGAUGUUCACACUCAGAGUGAAGUUGAAAGAAGGAGUGACAUUCCUCGGGGCUCGUCCCAGCAACCCCACUCAGUGGAUAGUUAGCCAGGAUGUGAGGAGUGAAGGUCAUCGAGUGGUAACUCUGCACUGCCGCAGAAAAGAGUCCAUCUACGAUCAGCAAAGAUCUGAGGGGGGAGUUCAGAGGGUGCUCCAGGUGGAUCUGAAGAUGGAAAGCUUCCCGGAGCCGACAGGCAGCCGUCGGAUGGCCUGGCAGGUGGAGUACCUGGCCAGUCGCACCGCCACACCGGAGGCAGAGACGGAGAUCCGCCUGGCUCAGGAGGAACUGGCAGGCAUCGUGCCUCUGGCCAUGRACAGUGAGAUUUUAAACACGGCUGUCCUGACUGGAAAGACUGUAGCUGUCCCAGUGAAGGUGGUGACCAUCGGAACUGAUGGCUCUGUGACGGACGUCUCUGAAGCAGUGAAAUGUCGCUCGACUGAGGAGGACGUGGUGAAGGUGUCUGACAGGUGUGACUAUGUUUUUGUGAAUGGCAAGGAGAUGAAGGGCAAGGUGAAGAUGAUGGUGAAUUUCACUUACGGGUACCUCGACGCUCAGCUGGAGCUCAGCGUGUGGAUCCCUCGUCUCCCCCUUCAGAUUGAGGUGUCAGACACGGAGCUGAGCCAAAUCAGAGGGUGGAGGGUACCCAUCGCCUCCGCGGGACAGAGGUCCAUGUGGGACAGCGAGGACGAGGACGAUGAAGACCGGCGAGGGCGAAGCUGCACUCUGCAGUACCAGCACGCCAUGAUCAAAGUCCUGACCCACUUUAUUGCCGAGUCGGCUGAUUCGCGAGGCCAGACCACCUACAUGCUGGGCACCGACUGGCAGGUGGACAUCACGGAGCUCGUGUGGGACUUCCUGAAGGUCGAGAACCCCCAGGUGGCAAAGUUGCUCGACAGGAGAAUCCUGGUCGGACUGGAAAUGGGAGUGACCACCAUCCAGGUCUUGUCUCCGUUGUCGGACUCCAUCCUGGCAGAGAAGACCAUCAUAGUGGCGGAUGACAAGGUGACCAUCACAGAACUGGGGGUCCAAUUGGUGACGGGUCUCUCCAUGAAUCUGCAGUUAAGUCUGGGAAGCAACCGGGCCAUCCUGGCGACCACCACCACACAGGAAGUUCUGCAGAACCCCAAACAGGAGGCCUUGAUCAGCGCCUGGCUCCAGUUCAGUGACGGCUCCGUGGCUCCACUAGACCUCUACAAUCCAGACUCCUUUGUCUUGACAGCCACCUCCCUGAAUGAGGAAGUGGUGACGGUGCAGCAGGACCCGUCGUGGAAGUGGCCUGUCGUCGUGACGGAGGCAGAGGGGCAAGGUCUGCUCGUCGUGGUGCAAAUGACUGCUUCCGAGGCUUGCCAAAAGUCCAAGCGCCGCAGCGUCCUCGCAGCGGGGAACUGCAACGUCAGGGUAAAGUUUGGUCCUACUGACAGCUCCAGAGGGGGGAGCAGUGAAUAUAGCCCGGAUGGAGACGAAAUGGAGAACAGAGGCAGGUUCUCCUCCUCACAGGACAGAACCGGUCUUGACACCCACUACUAUGGCAGCUCUAUUGCCGACAUAGAGGAUGGGGUGUCGAGGAGGGCGACCACAACUAGAAGUGCUAUAAUACGCCGACCUAAUGGCGGGAAACUUUCAGAUGACGGGGGCCAGAACAUGCCAAUAGACUUUGCAGACUUCCCUGCUCAAGUAGAUCUGCCACAUGGCCACAACAUGGACGAUGACCUCGUUCAGAACACUCGAGGGCUCACGGAUCUAGAGAUCGGCAUGUAUGCCUUGUUGGGGGUUUUCUGUCUCGCCAUCCUGGUUUUUCUAAUUAACUGCAUUUCCUACACCCUCAAAUACCGCCAUAAGGAGCUGUCUGUUGAGGGGCAAGAGAACAUGAACCAUGCCCACGACUGGGUGUGGCUGGGGAAUGAGGCGGAGCUGCUGGAAAGCCAAAUUAGCCUCUCCCCUCAGCAGGAGGAGGAACAGACCUCCAUGAUGAACUCGAGCAGCGGCGUCGAAGAAGGCAGCCACCUGCUGAAUGGGGGGUCCGUGCAGAAGAACGUGCAGAGCCAGGUGCACCGGCCGGCGGACACGGCCAAGGAAAGCAAAGGAGAGUCCCCCACCACCAAGAGGAAAAGAGUCAAGUUCACCACAUUCACCACCAUUACGUCAGACAGUGGCUACCCYGCUGUUAACACACGCACAGGAAGCCAUGGCCAGGACAUUAAGUGGGUGUGUCAGGAUGUGCAACUGGGAGACUCCAAGGAGUUGCGCAAUUACAUGGAAAGGUUAAAUGACAGUGCUUUAAAAGAGGUGGCAUAAUAAACCAUAUGCACUUGAUUUGAACUCACCCUUUUGCCUUCCAGAGGAACGCRGGUCUGAACAGACCGACAUCAGGUGAAAGAGGAGGAAAUUCACCGCAGAAUAACCCUGACAAAGGGUCAGGACAUUUAAAACUAUCAUGAUUCAACUUGAUGAAUCAAAAUGAAAUUAUGAGAUCAGGUGGAUCUUUUCCCAUUUGUUUAUCAGAUGAUAACCUUUAUACCAUUGCUUUAGAACUGAGCGUUGAGCCAAGGAAGACAUACAGACGGCAGAUGGAUUGAAAACAAAUGGUAGUUGUUCAGAAUGUGCACAUGAAAUGGGUUUUAGGAGUUUUGUAUGACAUUGGAGAGCAGUUUCGUAAGUCACAUUGUUUAGUCUGUGGAAAAGUUCUGAAAAAAAAAAACAGUUGAAGCAGGCCAAGACGAAUCUCCGCAUGUUGUUGGAAAGAAAAAAAGGCACAAGUUUUCAGUUUAGUUUUUCUCUUCUCCACCUUAGCAAGGCAGAAAAUCUGUUCUGUAAAAACUGGUCCGUCUCCAAAUCAUUGUAUCGUUGCUCUGUAUAUUGUAUUUUCAUAACAAUUAAUGAAUACACAGCUGUGUCAAGA